AAGUGUCCGGAGAGGCCCCGGUAGUGUCCAAGCUGUCAGGGUGACUCGGGGGGAACCCCGGAAGAAGAUGGCGUGCGGGGGCCCCUCUCAGCCUCUGCCCACGGUGCUCAUGUCGGUCUGGGCCUGGCGGGAGGGGGCGGGGAGUUCGCGGGAGGACCUACAACUACAAUUGAGUGUGGAGCCCGAGAACCCCGGGGACUUCCGGCUGUCUGUCCGCGCACCGGCCCGGGGGCCGAGCAGUAUGGUUGUGGCGGAGUUCAGGCUGAGAGAUGUCACGUAUGAUCUGAAGACUCCGCGGUGCCACCAGCUGACCGUCUCGGAGGAUCCCACCUCCUUUAUGGCCUUCAACUUCGAAGAUGAGCGGGAGGCCCAGAAGUGGUGGACAGUGGUCAGCAGCUCCCUCAGAGAGGCCAAGAAGGGUGAGUCCUCCAGGCUGGGGGUGAUUGUAGGGGAGGCAGGGCUCUGA